GGACUGUGGGAGGAAACCAGUGUACCCAGAGGAAACCCACCAAGCACAGGGAAAACAGGCAAACUCCAUGCACACAGACCUGAGGUGGGAAUUAAAUCCAGAUCCUGGAGGUGCAAGUAACACACUGUAACAAUUGCGUUCGCCAUGCAGCUUGAUGAAACAGACAGCGUUUUUGCUGAUCUGAACUCGGCGAUCCCCGAGACUGAGCUGCUGGACAACAGCAUACAAAAGAGUCGCGCACCACUACCACUAAAGAGCAGGAGGAACCGACCGUCACGCUCCCGUCUCACUGAUAGCCUGAGCUCUACUGAGGGGGACGAAGUGCCUGACACCAGGUCUGCCGACACGCCCCUCCAUUCAGCACCACUGCCCUCGUUCCUCCGUGACUCUACUCUCACUCCAGAGCUCCUCCUCUCCUCUUUUGACUCCGCCCUUGCACGCCGGUCUCCAGAGGACCCCAAAACUCACCGUUACCGUCAGCUCACUAACACCACCUCCCAUGAUGCACUGCUGCCCCCAGCCCCACCCUCCCCCUGCAGGUCGUGUCCUGAAACCUCCCCUGUGCACUUCCGCAGGAGUCGGCGACCUGACAGUGAAGUGUUGGUGUCAGAUGACAGUCAAGAUGAUAAUUUGACUGAGUCCGACAGUCCCACUGUGGUUCUGGAUAAAAAGACCAAACGGAGGUUUCUGGAUUUGGGGGUGACUCUGCGUCGAUCAUAUGUUAGAGUAAAGAAAGAUAACGCAAAAAGAUUUUCCCUGGGAAGCCGAGAGCUGUGUGAGAACUCAUCCCGCCAUUCAGGAUCAUUUGUGCCUUUCUCCUGGUUUUCCGACAGUCAUCGUUCCUCCUCCACGUCCUCAUCUCCACGCAUGGUGACUCACUCCCGCAGCCCGAGCAAAUCCGACUCUCAGGAGUCAGCCUUCAGUGAUGAGUUUUCUCCUAAAAGUCCCCUGGCUCCCUCUGAAUCUCGCGCCUCUCAUCAUCCCUACCAGACCCUGUCCCAGUCUUCAGACGAGCGUGCAGACGAGCCUCAAUGUGUAGCGAGAUCAUGGAGCACACAGCAGGUGUGUGAUUGGUUAAGGAGUUUAAACAUGGAGCAGUAUGUCCCUGAGUUCAGGGACAAAGACGUGGAUGGAGAACUCCUGCUGCAGAUGGAUGGUACCAAACUCAAGGCUCUGGGUGUGUUAAACUCAUCAGAUCGCAGUGUUCUGAAGCGUCGCAUUAAAGCCAUACACACUGCAGCGGAGAAGGAAAGGAAGGCUCUGGACAAGCUGGAAAAACAGAGAGAGAAGCAGAGGAAGAAAGACCAAGAGCAAAGGAAGAGUUAAAAGAAAAAAUGGGCUGCGUCCUUGACGCCCUAAAAUCCUUCAUACUCCCUUAGUGUUCUUAUUAUAACAUUGGCCAUUUUGAGAAAAUCCUCGAGCACAUUUAGUCCAUUUUAGCAACUCUUGUUGACGACAUGUUACGGGUGAUUAUUACCCACAAUGCACUGGUAGGGUGUGCCAGGUUUAGGAGUGAAACAUAAACAAAAAAAAAGCACAGUGUAUGAAAAUCACUGGAUUGUCAGGCUUUAGUUAAGCAUGCAAAUUUGUGUAGAACGCUAAUCUUUUAUGCUAACCGUUAAUUAGCGAUUAGCAAUGAUUAUGCAUAAUCCUACACAGAAUAAAAUCUGAUAAUCCACUAUUAGGAACAUCUCAUCAAAUUCACCUACCACUACAGAUCAUUACAGACUAUCAGAAACACAUUAGGCUUCAGCAGAAAGCUCCUAUUGUUUCUAAUGAAAAAAGGUGUUAAAUAUGACUAGCUGAUUUAAACAGUAAAAUAUCUAGCAUGCUAGUUAGUGUCUCUCACUGAAUGAGACACCUGCAGAACUAAGAUCAGUGUCAUCUGUAUAUGGUUCUGAACGGUUUUCACUUCUUAAAAAAACUUCCACCUUUACCUGAGUGUGCUAAUCUCGUAUGCUAACCGCUAAUUAGCGAUUAGUGGAUUAGCCAGCUAUGAUUCCAUAUUCUAGUGUUAUUAUGAAUUUAGCAGUGUGUUGCUACUUGUGCGUGCUCGCUAUCAGCCGUGUUCUAGAUAAAUAUAAGAUUUGCUGUGUUCUAGAAUUUUCUGUGUUUCUUAAAAUGGCUAAUGCUGAUAAGAAAAAAUGGUGCAAAGUUACAAUUAGCGACAGUUUGUGAGUGUCGCGCAUCAUUUUAAGUUUUAGUGGCAACAUUCACACAAGUUCCUGGUUUGUUGUUAUGCAGCACAUGUUGUGCUUUACGCUGUUAUGCAUUAUGUAUGAUGUGUGAUAUAUUACACUGGUCUGUUAGCUUAGAAAGAGAGUUAUGAUAUCUUAUUAACAUGCUCUGAUACACACACUGCAACAAGUGUUUUAGAGAUCUGUGUGUGUGCGCCUGUGUAUGUUUGUGUGGUCUAAGUGUGACCGUAUCUUUACUUCAUUUCGAAAGAAAAAAAAAUAAGACUGACUCAGAACAGAGAUAACUAGCUGCAUUAUCACAAGUAAGCAAUGGGCUUUCAGUGCGGUUUUUAAUCUUUCUCCCUCAUCUGUGAUUUUAUUACUUUAUUAAUGCCAUUGCAUUUUAGGACACAACUCAGAAUCCCCUAUUUGUGGCAUUAGCAUGCCCUGCUAGCAAAUUCUCAUGCUACCUCAUCUUGCUAGCUCACAGUUCUACUGACAUGCUUUACAAUAAAUUCUACUGCAUUAUUAGAGCAGGCUAAAUAUAGGCUUGAUAUGAAUUAUUUUUAAAUUUAUUUAUUAAAAAAUUCUUGCCUGAUACUAUCUUAGCUUGCAUUCAAUUGCAAACAGUCUAGAUUAUGCACAAAUUAGACAUCUAACUAUAAAAGAACCCUGCUAAAGUAAAAAACAUUACAGUACAGUAAGUCCCCUACAAGAUAAAAAUUUUUGCACAUGUUCAGUCACGGAAGUAAGAUGUCCGGUGUACAUUGUGCAUCCUCUGCAAGUGCAGUACUAGCCAAAGAUGUCCGGAAGCAAGCGUAAAAGCAGCAGCGAUAAAGCUGGUACUGCUAAGAAGUGCCAAGCAAUAACGAUGGAAACUAAAGUGAAAAUAAUUGAGCAAAUGCAGUGAGGUGAAAAGAUGGCAGACAUCAGACAUUGCUUGUUCUUUUAAAACGAAUCAUUCAACCAUUUGCACGAUUCUAAAGAACAAGGACAAGAUCAUGGAACAUGUUAGUUUAUACUGUGUAUAGUCAAUUGUGCUAGUAUCUAGACAAUGUUUAUUGGACUUAUGAACAAA